AUGAUCAGCAAUUUACGACGAGCGAUUUCUACGGAGAGCAUAGGAAGUGCGUCUUCCACAUCGAUGCUGAUGAAUUACGGUGAUGACGAUCCUUCUGUGCAGAUCACUGUGAGCUACGAUAGGAACGAUCAGAUGUUCAAAACGCAACUGAGUAGAUUGUUCGAUCCACCACAAUGCGCAUCACUCUAUUUGAUAUUUUAUCUGCUACCCCAUCCGAAACCUCUGUGGCGAACUGAGGCGCGAUCGAUAUCAACUAAUCCCGUUGUUUUCGAACAAUACUUUCAUCAAUGUAUCCGUCACAAGGACGUUAAUAGGGUAGCCUUACUGAUCCAAUUAUAUGUCGAGAAAGAAUGCAUAAAUUUGGAAGGACAAUGUAGAAUACGCUUGCGUGAUGUUAUUUUACACCCUCCAUCAACGCUCUAUCUGACGCUUAAACGAGAUAAACAAGAUGUUGACGACGAGGAAUGUUCGCUGGGUGAAAUACAAUUCUCGUUGUUCUAUCAGAACGAUCGGCUUUCCAUUGUUAUCAUGAAGCUAAGAGCACUGCAACAAUGGAUAAACGAAGCAAUGGUGCGCGUUUAUGUGGUUCAAUCAAACGGUGGUCGAGUCAUCAAGAAACGAACGUCCGCUCAACCUGUUGAACAUCAGUGCACCGUUUUCAAUGAAUCUGUUUUUGUUAAUGUUUCCAAAUCAAAAAUUGAGCGUACAAGUAUUCGUUUGAGUGUGAUCGAAACAAGCCAAAUCGAUCCACGAAGUAUCGGUCACAUAACGAUCGGUCCGAAGAGGAGUGGCAAAGAAUUCGGCCAUUAUCAGCGAAUGAUGACCUCGCAAGACCGUCCUGUCUCGAUGUGGCACUGUAUCAAACCCAAAAAUAAACCCAUUUAA